AUGUCCAUCCCCGAAGUCCAGUGGGCCCAAGUGGUCGAAAAGACUGGCACACCCCCGGUUUACAAACAGAUUCCCGUCCCGAAGCCGGGUCCAGAUGAGAUCCUGGUUAAGAUGCACUACUCCGGCGUCUGCCACACGGAUCUUCAUGCUAUGAACGGUGACUGGCCUCUCACCUCAAAGAUGCCCCUAGUAGGCGGCCACGAGGGCGCUGGUAUCGUUGUCGCCAAGGGCGAAUUGGUAGACGAUAAAGACUUCAAGAUCGGCGACAAAGCUGGAAUCAAAUGGCUUAACGGCUCUUGUCUCUCUUGCGAAAUGUGCAUGCAAUCAGACGAACCUCUUUGCGCACAUGCCUCGCUGUCCGGAUACACAGUUGAUGGCACCUUCCAGCAGUACACUAUCGGCAAGGCUGCAUUGGCCUCAAAGAUCCCGGACAACGUGCCUCUAGAUGCUGCUGCUCCGAUCCUCUGCGCCGGAAUCACCGUCUACAAAGGAUUGAAAGAGUCCGGUGCUCGCCCGGGACAGACCGUCGCCAUUGUUGGUGCUGGAGGCGGCUUGGGCUCUUUGGCACAGCAGUACGCAAAGGCAAUGGGGCUACGCACUAUCGCCAUUGACGCCGGUGACGAAAAAAAAGCCAUGUGUGAGCAGCUGGGAGCAGAGGUGUAUAUUGACUUCAGCAAAUCCGCCGAUGUCGUUGCUGAUGUUAAAGCCGCCACUCCCGGAGGCCUGGGUGCCCACGCCGUCAUCCUCCUCGCCGUCGCCGAAAAGCCGUUCCAACAAGCAACCGAGUACGUACGCUCGCACGGCUCCGUCGUCGCAAUCGGCUUGCCGGCCAAUGCUUUCCUCAAGGCCCCCGUGUUCACCACUGUCGUCCGCAUGAUCAACAUCAAGGGAAGUUAUGUCGGAAACCGCCAGGACGGCGUCGAAGCGUUAGACUUCUUCGCCAGAGGGCUUAUCAAGGCGCCGUUCAAGAAAGCACCGUUGAAGGAUCUGCCACAGAUAUUUGAGUUAAUGACAGGGUAA